AAGAGAAUGUGUUUGUUGUCUGCCGACCAGCCAGCUGAUUUGUGCUUUGGCAUUCAGAGCUACUUGGUGGUAGUGUGUCUGGGAAAAAGAACUGGCAGUUCUACUGGAAAUUUACAUUACAGAGACUGAGCAAAAUUAUCUAGAUAUUAUUUCAAACAUAUGUGAUAAAAGGAAAUUGAGUGCAGCUUUGGGGAAGAUACACAAGUCAGCAUUAAUGAUGAGAGCUUAAGAGUUCACUGAAUAGAGAGCUCAUUUAGAGGAAGCAAAAGUCAGAGGGAGCCGUUAAGGGAGGACUCACUCGUGAUGUUCUGACCACAUCCGCGCCUUUGCCAGAAAAAUCUAGACUGCAGAAAAUAAGAGUGCCGUUGCCUGCCUGCUUACCACCAUCUUGUGGAUCUAUUGACUUUGAAGAAGAAAAGACUAAAAACAAGAGUCAUGGCUUUUAGCCCCUGGCAGAUGCUGUCCCCUGUCCAGUGGGCCAAGUGGACCUGGUCAGCAGUUCGUGGUGGUGGAGAGGAUGGGCAAGAAGGACAAGGUGGUGCUGAGGAAGAUGUGGCAGAUGAGGAGGAAGAUCAGUCCCUGAGCUGCAGGCGAGUUGCUUUUCCUCAUUUCUCAUGCGUGAAGACUGCUGCUUGUUCUGAUUCAGAGGGUAACUUUGAGACACCUGAGGCUGAAACACCAGUACAUGGCCCACAGAAAGAACUGCAGGCUGCAGAAGAACUUGAUAUUCCCUCUUCUAAAAACACAGAGUUGCAAAGAGAUGCACUACUCUCAAACAGAGCUGAACUUUUGAAUAGUUACCUGGAUAAAAAUUCCAACAAACAUGAAAGCACACAUGACAAAGAUCUUAAUAAUGAGGAAAGUUUUCAAAUCGACAAUACAGAUAGAUUGAAUAAUGCCAAAUGUCUGGCAGCACCAUUAACAAUUGUCAAUUGUACUGAGGGAAAAGCUGUCCAGAACUCGGAGAUCACAGACACCCAUAUUUUUGCAUUUAGCAUCUUACCCCAAUGUCAAAACACAGCAAUGUUUGAGGAUGGAAAAGGAGUUGCUGUAGACAAAGCAGACAUGCUUGAACCACAGAAAGAAGAGACUGCUACUCAAUCUACAGGUAAUAAAACAAAAACUAGAAAGAACAGACUGCCUUGCCUUAAAAUAAUGACAGACGAAGACAACUCUAAUGAGGGGGAUGAAUAUGAAAUUUCACUUCCAAAAGCAUCUUACAAAUUUGACCCCUGUGAAUAUAAUGAAAGCAUCAAUCCCUUUACUAGUGGUGGCUCUAAGUUACAGAACUCCCCACCACCCUCUCAGACAAGUCCACCACAGGAUCUGGAUGUAAGCAAGGUUGUGCCAGUGAAGUUAGAAUUUGAUUUCACAGAUAAUAAUGAAGGUGGAGAAGUGAAAAGGCCUGCUUCCAGAAAACUUGGUAAAAAAUUAGUUAGCAAGCUCACUCCUAAAAAGCAAACUACAGCAACCAAACCAGCAGAAUAUAAGGAAAAUGAAAAAGAGCUGCCUGCUAGCCAGGACUUGGAUGAGACCCCAAUUAUUAAAUCUUCCUGUAAAGUUGACCCCAGCCAGUGGGAUGACCCUAACUUUAAUCCUUUUGGAGGUAAUGCCAAAUCUGACAAUUCAAACAUUGUAUCCAAAGGAUCCUACAACUUUAACCCAGACAAUUCUGAUGAUUCUUUGGACCCAUUCAAAUCUUCCAAGACCAUGGUUAAUUUAAGUGGUGAUGGUAUUUCCCAGAGUAAUAAACAUGGAGGAGAAGUGGAUUUGGAAAAACUGGACACACUAUCAAAAGGUGAAGAGAAAAUCCGAAAGUCCCCAAAGAACACUAAAUCAAGGUUAAUUACGACUUCAGAACAAGUGAGGUUUCUCUGUUUUCUGUUGGGAGCAUGUAAAGUAAAGAAGUAUGAAAACCAGUCACUCAUCUUGGACAUCUGUACACAGGAGAAUGAUGAAGUGAAAUCAAAGCUUCCUGACAUUGCACACAGAGAGGGCCAUGCAACAGAUGAAGAAAAACUUGCAUCAACCACAGCCAUCCACAAACCAGGAUCAUCGGAGACAAAAGCUGAAAUAGACGAGGAGUUCUUUGAAUGUUCUAACAUACAAGCACCUCUUAAUAAAACUUUUGGUAAAGACUUGGAGAUCCCAGGUGUGUUUCCAGAUUCCUGUUUACAAGGUGAGGAUCCCUCUUCUGUGAACUGCACACAGUUGUCAUCUGAAAACUACAGUAAAGGAAGCCCAGUUUUGGAUUCCAUCUGUAUUAGUGAAGCUGACAAAGCAGCAGUCCUAACUCUUAUUAGAGAAGAGAUCAUAACUAAAGAAAUGGAGGCAAUUGAAUGGAAAAGAAAAUAUCAGGAAAGCAAGCAGGAAGUAAUAGAAAUGAGAAAAAUUGUCACAGAAUAUGAAAAAACUAUAGCACAGAUGAUCGAGGAUGAACAGAGACAAAAUUCAGCAUCCCAGAAAAGCAUCCAGCAGCUGACAGCUGAAAAAGACCAAGCCGUUGCUGAUCUUAACUCUGUAGAGCGCUCUCUCUCUGACCUCUUCAGGAGAUAUGAGAAUAUGAAGGGAAUUUUGGAAGGAUUUAAAAAGAAUGAAGAAGUCUUAAAAAAGUGUGCACAGGACUAUCUGGCCAGAGUGAAGCAGGAAGAACAACGCUAUUGCACACUGAAGAUUCAUGCUGAAGAGAAACUUGACAAGGCAAAUGAAGAAAUUGCUCAAGUAAGAGCAAAAUCAAAUUCCGAAAGUAUGGCAUUAAAUGCUGCGCUGAGGAAAGAACAGAUGAAAGUGGACUCCCUGGAGAGGGCGCUGCAACAAAAAAAUCAAGAAAUUGAAGAACUUACGAAAAUCUGUGAUGAGCUGAUUGCCAAACUGGGGAAAACCGACUAAAUCUAAGGCUGUUGUUCGGUCGUCUGCUUCCUGAAAUAUCAUGUUGGAAACAAGUAAAAAGUACCCAGAUUAGCUAGCCAUGCAAAAGGGCCCUUCCAGUUUAGCACUUUGAGUCACAUCAACCCCUGUGCUCCUGCAUUCAUGAACCAUGGAAAUGAGCUCUGAGCCUGUAAGAAGAGGUGAAGCAGGCUGAAAUAACACAGUAGUUAUUGCAAAGUCACAAAACAAUAUUUUUUAUUUGCGAUACAUUUGUUGUACGAAUAGAAUUGUUAAAACAUCCCUGUAAUGCCAGUGAGUGUCCUCAGUGAUAGAAAAAGGGAAUAAGUAGCGAGCGUGGGCUAUGGAAGUAUCGUGACAAGUCCUGUCUAUCCACACUGCUUUCUCAAUCACCAUUGUUUACUUAACCAGUUUGCUGCUACUCUAUCUAAGAAGAGAAAACACGCACCUGCAGUGAUGUGCUGCCAAUACUUUGAAAUGCAUAUAAAAUGUAUAUAGAAUUAUGAUGUAUUUUACCUGUCCAUAUCUGCCAUACUGAUAGCCUAUUUUGCGUAUUUGAUUGUGAUAGAUGUGUUAGCAUUUUAAGUGCAAGAGUUUUUUUUUUUUUGAAAAUGAGAUGUCAGUAUGAAGCUGCCUUUUAAUCCAGAUUCAAUCAAGCAUUAUCCAUUUUUCAGUGAUGUUCUUGUUAACUGUUAAAGGCUCCAGCUGAUAACCAAACUCUUGAACUGUAAUAGCCGUUCACUUUAAACAUCAGCUUCUUUAAAAACAAAAGCUUGUUGGCCAAGCAUAGAAGGGAUGGCCGCACAUUUAUCUUCACAUACCUGUGUGCAGAGCUCCAAGUAUUCACUCCAUUGUCUUCCUUGUGAGAUAUAUUAUAAAAUAUAUCUCUGCCUUUUAAGGGAUACUCAACAGGGAGGGAAAAUGUGAUGGCUUACCAGACAGCCAUUAUUGAAAUGCUUAAACAGAGUAAAUAAAACAAAUUACAAGUAUCUGUACAGUAUGACACAAACCUUUAAAAAGUCUGCAACUCCGAUCUGUGCAAAGUCACUCUGGAUACCGCCAUUGUGCUUUUGUGACAUUUAUUCUGCCUGGAGCAAUUGGGUGCCUACCUGGUUUGCUCAGUGUGGAUUGAUCGCUUUAGUCACAAUGUAUUUAAUCAGAGGAUACAAGACCACCAAAAAUAACAAUGGUGUAUAAAAACACUCUUAGAAACCGAGAGACAAAAAACUGACGCUCAUUGCUAAAAUGCAGGCAGCCCAACAACAGUCCGUACAGGUGGUCAUCCUUUGGGAUGGCGGUUGGAAAGAGAGCCGUCAUGUCAGUCGUCUUACAGUGCAGUGUUUAUAAUGACUUGAGGCUACCGAUAUGCUAAUGCGACUGUGUGGCUGUGCCUCAUCGAUCAGACAGGCUGCCCACACUUUGGUGGGCCGCUGUCACCUGGCUGGAUGACACCUGUAAUUCCUGCCCAUUAUUUGUCACACAUGACAUGCUCAACAUCCUAAGAGAGCCAUCAGAUUUGUGAUUCAUUGAUGGGCUAAGCUGCUGAUUUCAUGUGUGGGUGGCAGUAACCUGGUUAGGUUCUGUAGAAAGACAAAUGGAACAUGGGAGAUCAAGAAGAUUAAAAUAACAGUCUUUACUUUUGAAGAGCAAACACAGACAGGUUGUGUAUGUUCACUGUGUUCAAGCUAAUGAAGAAGAUUUUUGGUAACGAGACUGAGCACUGCAGUGUGUUAUGUCUUUUAUUAUUGACCUGAGCUUUUUGUCGUUGUUUGUGCCAAACAUACUGUCAUAUAAUCUACAAGUUGGCUUAUACGGCUUGAUUUUUUUCCUAAACUUUAUUUUAUUUUGGACAGCAAUCAUCUCACUAUGUACAUUCAAUAUAUUCCAAUAUGCAUUAAUAAAUACAUCUAAAAUUAUGACAUUCA